UGAAUAUCCUCUUAUCCCUCACGUGGUCGCGUCGACCGCGCCUUCCUCCGCGUCGGCCAUUGUGUUCUGUCUUCGUCGACUCUUCGACUCGGACGCGGUCUGACGCGGUGUCCCCGUCCUGCGUUUGUGUCUCGCCGCCUGGCUCGCUUGGAUUUUGUUACUGGUUUCUUGUCUCUUUCGCUCCUUUCUUGCGUUGUUAGCUUACAUGUCAUCUAUUGGAACAAUGUCUCGUCGGGUUCCAACUCCUCUGCGCUCUGCUCCAUCAUCCGGGCCCAUGGAAGCGAUGGCCGCAAAGAAGCAGGAACAGAUUGAAGAGCUCAUUACCAAAAAGCGUACGCUCGAGCACACCAUCGACAAGCUCCGCCAGGCCCUCACCGAGGAACAAAGCCGCGGGUCCGACGGCGUGGCCAGUAUGCAGAAGCAGUUUCAGCAGGAGCGAGCUGAGUGGAUCAGCGGCUGCGAUGCGAUACAGGCGAUUCAUCGUAUGGCGCACGCGCGGACUGUGAUCGAGCUGGAUCGCGAGCACUUCGCGGCUCUCAAAGAGCGAGAGGCGAUCCGCCUCGAGAAACUCGCCCGUCUGCAGCGCGACUACCGGCUCAUCGGCUUUCAGCGUCGGGAAUUUGACCUUGAGAGGCGCGUGCUGGACCUGGAGCGGGAGUUGGAGGAGCGGCAGAGGACGCAUGAAGAGGAGACGCUGGAAUUGAGCGAGGAGCUGGAAGAGCGAUGCGCUACUCUUUCUGCUCAGCUGGAAGAUACGGCGAAGGAGUUGGCUGCGACAACAAAGGGAAAGGACGCCACUGAGGAUGCAUUAUCGAAACUACGGAUCGAACACAACGCUCUUGUUGCCUCUACGAGCAGUUCCGCGACUAAUCUCGAACGCACAAGUCUGCAUUUGGAUGGACUCAAAUCUUCCUACGCCGAGCUGGAGGCCAAGCACGCUGAGGGUGAACGGACCAUAGCUGACCUCCGACGGCAGCUGGAGAAGUGGCGCACACUCGAAAGCCGUGAGGGGCCGAGAUGGACACCCUACGACGCAGCAGGAUCGAACUCGAGGUUCGCGUCAAGGAGCUAGAGACCCGCGUCGAGGAACUAGAGGAAGAAUUGAGAGAGCGUGUUGAAAAUGCGGAGAAACUGAAAGCGAAGAUAGCCAGAUACAAAACAUCUUUCGAACAGUACAGAACCUCGAUGGACGAGUAUCAGAAAGCUAUUGACGAGGCGCGCAGCGAU